UCAGUGAGAGUACCACCCAACAAGUCUGAGCUCACAUAGGAAGGAGGAGACUUCUUGCUUCACUCUGGUUUCAAGGCAUUCAAGGCAUCAGCACUUUCACCCUCAACAUGAACUUCAUUACUUAUCUGGUUUCACUGGGACUGAUAGCGGCGGUGUGCAGCAAUCCCAUCUCAUGUCCCGCAGACUGUGAAGAGACUGAUCACUUUCAGCAGGCAGAAUUCAGACACGUGUCGGACCUUGAAGACUCUUCAGUCGCACCCUGGAGACUAGUUAACGAAUCUAAAGAAGGCAGGGAGCCCUUCCACAUUUGGAAAGCUGAGUGCCGGGAUGGUUGCAAGAUACCAAACAUGCCAAACAUGGUACCCAAGACUAUUGUCGUGGAGAUUUCAGUCUACCAGAGGCUUCAUCAGGCACACCCAAACAACACCAGAUGGUGCAAGUGCCCCUACGAGCUGGCUGUUGGAUGUACGUGCGUCAACAAAAUAACAGCUACUGAAUAAUAGGAGUCAACAUCCAUGAUGUAGUUGCAGUAGUUGUAUUUGCAAUAGCAAACGUAAUGGAAUAUAAUAUAUGUUAUGUUACUAUGGGGCAAGUUGCUCUUGUAAUUUCUAAACUGUUUUAAGUGGUGUGCAUGUAUCUAAUUAUCUAAUUUAUUUAUAUAGUUAUGGGUUCUAUCCUUUAUGACGGCUAAAUAUAAUUUCAUUUUGGAAACUUUCAUAGCUGCGGUUUUAAUGUGUGUCAGUGACAUAAAUUAACUAUGUAACAUGUAUUUUUACAUGUGAUUUCGUAAUUUGCUGAUUUUUUUUUUGGCAGUGUCACAGAUUUCACAUGU